UAACAACAAAAAGGUCGCAGUAUACACUACUAUUCUCUAUUCGUGGAGAAUCCAUCAAAUCCCUACACAUAUACAUACAAACAAAUACUCAUUCUACACUUGCUUGCUUUCACUUCCAACUUCCCCGCCAUUGAAAAAACUGAAUCGAUUAUAUACAUAAUACUUUUUAGUUUGGCAGGAAGUUAAAGGCGGAGAAGUACGGCCACAGGCGAGAGAUGGGGCGGAGUGAUGAGUCUCUGGAAAUAGUGAGCGUUAUCGGUGGUGGCGAGUCAUCGUCUUCUACUCCUUCUUCUUCUUCUUCAGAGUGGACCUUUCGAGAACUUGAUGACGUCUUCUUGCAGACACAAACCAGAAUAUGGCUUGGAGAAGUACUUCAGAGAAGAUUAGAUGAGCACUUGGAUGUUUCUGAUAUAUUAGCUGAUGGGGAAUUGCUGUUUGAAGUGUCAAGAGUUAUAUGGAAAAUGUUCUUGACAAAGCCUAUGGAGCUAGAACAUAUAAAGCCAUAUAAAUAUGAACCAUUUACUUCUAGAAAGUCUGGCGGAAGAUAUAUGCCUUAUUCCAAUAUCGAUUAUUUUUUGAAGAUUUGCAAAAUCUUGGGAUUGACUGGCGUUGAUCUUUUCUCCCCUUCAGACGUCGUUGAGAAGAAAGAUACUCGAAAAGUUUGCAUAUGUAUACGCACACUUGCAAAAAGAGCAAGGUUAAAGUGGUUGAAUGUUCCAGAUUUUGAUAUGGUCACUUGUACUGUAACAAUGCCUACUGACAUGGUUGAAUGCAUCCGGAGAAGCUUGGAGCUUGGAAUUGUUGGUUGCAAUUCCUACCAAUAUGGAAGGACAAAAUGGAGGCAGAGAAGUACGGUUACAUCCUCUGCCAGAUAUUGCGAUUCAUUUUCUGAUGAUUCUGAUGACGCUGAUAGCAAUAUUACAAUUCAGUCUGAUAGCUCGUCCACCCAUGGAUAUCAUUAUUCUUUAUCCCAGAUGAAUUAUGAUCUUGAAAGUUCUCCUGAAAUAUCAUCAGCCACAAGAGAUUGUGGUUUGCGACAAAAUCCAAUAAUACAGUUUGAGCAAAAGAAACACAAGUAUGCACAAUAUCAAUUUGAAUCGAUGGGGUCACUUUGCUCUGAGCUUGUGGAGUGUGAUAAUCAGCUGGAUAGCGUGUCAUCUCCUUCCAGCACUGUUUCCCUAAUUCACUUAAACAACAAGUUUUCUCUCCCCAAAAAUGGCACAGUAAAAUAUACUCUUGAGAAUGACAGCUUGGAUUUCAGUUGUGCUUCUGAUGUUGAAGAUUUUAUGGAUCACAGUUUGCCAGAAAGAAGUUAUAUGGCUGAUCAGCUGGAAAUCUCGGAAGUAAUUUGCCAUGGAAUUGAUAUUAGUAAUCCCAGUCUAUUUGAUGGCGAAAGUAUUUCCGAGUCAUACACGCCAACUGGUUCUGAUAGAUCAAAUGCAUUUGGCAAUGGAUUUGAAAAUGAACAUUCUGAUGUUAAUGAUGUGGAGCUAUCGUCUACUUCCAGCAUGAACUCUGUGUCAGGUGCUUUGCUGAAAUUGAAUUUUGACGACCAAGUAGAUGAAGAAGAUGGUUUCAAAACCCUCCAGUUACCCGAAUCACGAAAUCAAGUAGUUGUCUUCCCUACUAAGAUUCCCCAACUGUGUUCACAUUAUCGAUCUUGUGGCAAUAAUUCUCGUUCAUAUGAUAGUCGCAUCUGGAUGCCUCAGGCUGAUUUAGAGGCCGUAUUUGGUGGAGGCAUAAUAAAUAAAUUUGAAAUGAAUGCUUCUGAACCUGUUCGUUGCAAUCAAUGUCAAGAGAGGCUUUCGGUUCAUUCAAAUUCUCCAUAUGACUAUCAUCAGUUGGAUCAGGGAGGAAAAUGUGCAAUUGCGACAAAUAGAGAUGGCUGUCAUGUCUCUUCUUCUGUAUGUACACUGCCCAGUGGUUUUCCUGAUGAAGGUCUUCACAGAGGAGCUGCCUUGAAGUAUGUUGUCACUAACCCUCAUCCAACUUCCCACAAUGGUGUGCAAGUCGAAGAGAGAAUAGAUUAUCCAGAAACUAGAAGCAUCGCUACUGGUAGAGUUAUACCACACAAAGUUCCUAAGGUUAAUACUGAUGUCCACAGCAGCUCUCUGUCUCCUCAUCUAAGUGAGCCAAUGCCAGUAAUACAUCCUUGCAUCACAACGAAAUGUUCAGAAGAUAUGCGCGAGAAUGGUCAUCUAGUAUAUAGCGACGAGGAGGAGGAUCUUUAUACAGCAGAAACUGUGGACAAGAGGCACAGCCAAGGUGAUAGAAAAAAUGAAAAUAAAAGAGUGGAUCAUAAAGUAGAACAAGCAAAACACAAUCCCAAGAGAUGGUCAGUGCUGAAACCUGUAGUAGGGGGAACAGCAGUUGUUGGCAUGGUGUUUCUUUUGCUUCGCUACAGGAAAAGUGGUAGAGAUAAAAAAGGUGACAACAGUAUGCAAUCUAAUCAGAUGCAGAGGACUAAUUGUGGCAGUUUCUCAUCGCAGAAGGAACAAAAAGGUGGUCAAGUUAACGGGGUAUAUCCAGCUGAAAAGCUCAAACUCUGAGGUUGAGAUGUAGAUAACUAUAUCGAAAAUGCUAAGGAAGAAGUGUUUUUUGUUCCAGCUAUCUUAAAUGUUGCGAUGGAUGCAUAUGAUCCAUUCGUAAUUAUGGGCUUCACAUGAUAUCGUGUGCGUCCAGCAUUUGGGAUAGCUGGUACGAAAAAUAUUGGAAUCUGUAAGACGGGUAUGUCAGUGUAGAUUUUUUUUUAUUAAUACUCCCUUUAGUCUUUAAUAUGUAUUAUCAUGGAAGGCGUCAAUUCUCUGGGUUGGAGCUCCUGUAUGCAGAAAAUUAUUCUUUUUUUUUUGACAAUAUGAUAUUAGUUAAUUUACUAAUGAAAUAGUACUUUGCCGACAACA